AUGAUAGCUGGCGCUUCGCAGCCGGAGAGGCCCAUUUUCGAGCUCAAGAAGUGGAAUGCUGUCGCCUUGUGGUCUUGGGAUUUGGAAGUCGAUACAUGUGCUAUUUGUCGCAAUCAUACGAUGGAUUUGUGCAUUGAUUGUCAGGCCCGGGCAGAUAGUGCGUCGGAGUGUACUUUGGCCUGGGGAACAUGCAACCAUGCUUUCCAUCUUCAUUGUAUUUCUAGAUGGUUGAAGACUAGACAAGUUUGUCCUCUAUGCAAUUCUAAUUGGGAGUUUCAGCGUUAUGGACAUUAG